AUGAAAUCUAAUUACUUAUUUCUUCUAUUAACAAUAUCAAUAGUUAUUCUAUUAUCGGUUGAUCAGUCUAAUGGAUAUUGCUGCAAAGUUAGCAAUUUCUUGUGGGGACAUCCCCCAGACUGCAACAUGUUAGGAUGCAAUUGUGACUGUGCAAAGUGUGUAGAUGGUAAGUAA